AUGUUCAGACCAUCUCUCGAGUCUCUCCUCUCAGCACUCGACAGCUUACACAUGGCGCAUGACCUGUGUCACGACGACGUCAAGCUAGACAACAUCUUCGUGGCAUCCGAGCAUGAUCCUAGAAAGUGGAAAUUCGGCGAUCUCGGCAACGCUCGUGAGCCCGACCACCCGUAUCACUACACGCCACUAUGGACUGCGGACACGCCUCAGCUUCGCGACUGUCGCGCCAACGAUGCGUUGCGUCUGACGAAAGUGUACUUGCAGUUCCUUCGCGCCUCGAGCGGUGACCCCGACGCGUUUGAUGAAGCUUUGACCGGCGGCGUCGAUACACUGAGCAGAUUCUACUGGGUAGUUGCCCGGUCCCCAAUGCCGGCCUCGGCGGCGCAGAUUUGGCAGCUCUCGGCUGUAUACCCGCCCCAAUUGGUUGGUGAGAGGACGCCGUGGAUGACGAUGCAGCCUGCACAAGUUGAGUUAUCCCGCGGCUGGGCGCCAACGGCUGAGGCCGUACUUGGUUGGAAGGGGUCAUUGAGAAGUGCUGUGAAAAAGGAGCUGAGGGUUGGAGCUAAGGAGAGUAUGGGUAGACUUUUCGGAUUGACCAGAUUUUUGGGCAUCCCAGUCGAAGCAUGCCAGGCUAUCUGA